AUGGAGAGGAACGAGACCACAACUGUGUCGGAUAAUUGCACGGAUAUUUUCUCAGGUAACCUGUCCGUGCGCUGCUGGCUGCACCUGCUUACCAAGGAAUAUGGUUCUGUGCUGCAGGGGGAUCCUUCAAGCUUGACGUUGCGGGUCACUAUUGCUCUGGUGUACUCGGUGGUGUGCGCUUUGGGACUCGUGGGCAAUGCUUUGGCACUUUAUCUGCUCCACGCGCGCCACAGGCAGAAGCAGAGCUCAGUUGAUUGUCUUGUCAUGGGCUUGGCUUUGACCGACCUGCAGUUUGUGCUCACUUUGCCUUUCUGGGCUGUGGACACAGCUUUGGACUUUCGUUGGCCCUUCGGUCGCCUCAUGUGCAAGAUCAUUAGCUCAGUGACCACCAUGAACAUGUACGCCAGUGUGUUCUUUCUCACCAGCAUGAGUGUGGCACGGUACUACUCCAUCACCUCCUCGCUGAAGCUGCAGAGCCGGCAGGCGGCAACUCUCAGGGCUAAAUGGGUCAGCGUGGCCAUCUGGGCUGUGUCACUUCUAGCCACUCUGCCUCAUGCUGUGUACUCCACCAUCGCUCAGGUGGCGCCAGAUGAGGAGCUCUGUCUGGUCCGAUUCCCUGAGUCGGGCAGCUGGGAUCCACAGCAACUCCUGGGCCUGUACCAGCUGCAGAAGGUGCUGCUGGGAUUCAUCAUCCCGCUUGUUGUGAUCUCACUGUGCUACCUGCUGCUUCUGCGCUUUCUUCUGAGCCGAAGGAUCCUUGGUAGCGUGGGCACAGAGGGGGAACAGGGACGCCACAGGCGCAGGUCCAAAGUCACCAAGUCAGUUGUGAUUGUAGUGCUGUCUUUCUUUUUGUGCUGGCUGCCCAAUCAGGCGCUCACACUCUGGGCUGUCCUCAUCAAGUUUGACCUGGUGCCCUUCAGCAAUGCUUUUUACAAUGCCCAGGCCUACGCCUUCCCACUCUCUGUUUGCCUGGCACAUACAAAUAGUUGCCUCAACCCUGUGCUUUACUGUCUCAUACGACGGGAGUUUCGUGCCGGCCUCAAAGAACUCCUACUCAGGGCAACACCAUCGUACCGCAGCCUGGCACAGCUUCUGCCACGCAAGUCUAAAGUGGCCGAGGCUCCUACAGUUCUGGUGCUGGUGCAGAUGGAUGUCUGA